AUGUUACUUAGUUUACACCAUCAAACAUCAACAACGACUACAAAUUGUCGAUUAACCAAGAAAACACCCAAAACAUGUAAUAAUAGUAAUGAUGAUGAAUUUUAUGCUAAAUUACAAAAAAUAAGAUUAUCAACAAGUGCAAAGAAACCUACUCGUGGUCGUACAGCCGCUGAAUUAUUAGAAGAAUCAAAAGCAUAUUUUGUUAAAAGUAAAGAAGUACUCAAAAAACGACAAUGCUUCAAUGAACAGUCACUAACAAUACCAAAGACCACUGACGAAUACCAAUUUGUGAUACCACAAACAGUUGGAAAACGUCGAGGAAAAGAUCGUCCGAAAAAAGUAAGACAUGCAUUAUCAAAAGAUUGA